UCCUAAAAGAUCCAUGUCUCAAAAAGGGAAACGUUAGGCACAGCAACAAAUGCUGGCCACAUGUAUGGAACCUGUCAGUGUGGCACCACGGGAUAAACGUUCUCUGGUUCUCAGAAGAAUGAAUUUCGCUGCUGACCUUGGAGCAAUUGCAAACCCAUUGCUCAUGCUCUUACUUCUGGCAUGGAUCCACUUGAGCCCAGCGACGGGUCUCAAUACACUAGACCCCAACAGCGCUGAAGCCUACGAUAUGGCAGAGUACGCUGAAAUAACGAUGGGACGGGAUGGCGACGUUGUCAACCGAGUAGUCAAAGUUCGACUAGUAUUCUGGAAUGAAGUGCACAAUGGGAAGGCUUACACAUUGGGGUACCUGACGAAGCCGACGGCCUGCACUUAUCCCGUGCAUGUGCGGAUCGAGAGGUGUCUAAUGGAUGACACGCCGCCCGACAGAGAUUGCUUAGCUGUCGUAACGAAGCCUUACGAAGACGAUGUAUGGACUGUAGACCACUACGAGUGUGGUCCUCCCUAUCGUAGAGACAAAUAUUAAAUGCGGAAUGCCAACUUUUCGCAGCACGUUCAAAAGGGAACAGCAAAUCGGGCCACCUACAACGUAACCCUCGAAUAUCAAGUAAUAAAAAUGAAAUAAACGUCUAUGGU